GCAACAUUCCAACCUCAAAAAAAGAGGUCAAACUGAAACCCAACACCAACGGUCAUUCGUACAAAACUAGUCCCUCAUUGAGACAUAAAUGGGCGCCAAAUAUAGAUUCAAUAUCAAUUUACAGUUAAAUAACUAAACUUGAGGAGAUUACAGAUUUUAAAAACUAAAAUAAACAAACAUUUCAUUUCACACAUUUACUCCAAACCACCCACUUGAUCAUAAUGGCACAAGCACAACCGGAGAGGACCCAAGACGCAGACGUGAAAGAAACCAGUAGUCCCCGCUUUAGAUUCAAUGCUCAGGCCCCUGAAUUCGUCCCCAGGUCGCAGACCCAGAUGCCGGUUUCGCGCUAUUUCUAUCCAUGCUUCCAUUUUCCUGAUUGGGUUUAUGUUGGGGACCCUGAACCUCCUUCUUAUUGGAUCUCUGGUCCAGAUACCACGUCCCCCACCUGUUCGAAGACUGUCCUCCCUGACGAGCUUCAAUAUAAAAUCAUCAAGCAGGUGGAAUACCAAUUUAGUGACAUAAGUUUGCUUGCAAAUGAAACUUUGGCAAAAAACAUUAGUAAAGAUCCUGAAGGUUAUGUUCCAAUAUCUGUGAUUGCUUCCACAAAGAAGAUUAAAUCUCUUAUUAGUAACAACCAUGUGCUUGCUCAAGCACUUCGAUCCUCUUUGAAGCUUGCUGUAAGUGAUGAUGGGAAGAAGGUUAGGCGAAAGCAUCCUUUCACUGAAAAAGAGAGAGAGGAAUUGCAGUCUCGUACUGUUGUGGCAGAGAAUUUGCCUGAAGAUCAUUCUCAUCAGAACCUCGAGAAAAUAUUUAGGGUCGCUGGAAGUGUGAAAACAGUUCGAGUAUGCCACCCUCAAGAAUCCAAUUCUUCUCGUUCUAAAGGUGAUUUCUUUGUCAGUAACAAGCUUCAUGCACUUGUGGAGUAUGAGACAACACAGACAGCUGAGAGAGCGGUAGAGAAGUUAAAUGAUGAACGGAACUGGAGGAAAGGUCUCCGAGUAAGGUUAUUGCUCAGAUGCUCGCCAAAAUCUGUCUUGAAGAACAGAAGGUCGGAAUUCGAUGGAAUUUUGGAAGAUGAUGAGGCUCCCCCAUGUGAAUCAACUGAAGAGGCUUCACAGCCAAGCCACACGGAUUCCAUCAUCGAAAGUAAUGCUGAGGAGAACCAUGCUGGAUCAAGGAAGGGGUGGGGACGGGGCAGGGGAAAGCCCCGAGGACGGACUCAGAACCACAGUGGGCGAGGACUGAUUGCUCCAUCUCCACAAUCAAGCAGUGGCCCCCAUUGUGAAGGACUUACCAGACAGAGUUCUAAGGGUCCAAGAAUGCCAGAUGGAACGAGGGGAUUCACAAUGGGAAGAGGCAAGUCAUUAGCCAUCCCAACUCUUGCUAAUGUUUUCAAUUGAUCUUAGUAGAAGCAAUGCUUGGCAGCCCGAUUUUUAUUUUGUUCUUACAGUCAUUACUUAUUACUAAAUGUGUUUUCCUCUUCUGGAAACUUGAGAAGGGAGAAAGUAGUAUUGAUACGUUUUAAAGUGCACUAAUAAUUUGAGAUGUAUAGUCUAGUAUUGGUAUAUCAUACAAUUUAUAGCA